UUCGUCUGUGGUCAUCAUUCUCAAAUAAUCUCAUCCUUUCAUCUCUUCUCUCAUUCUAUUAAAUUUAUUCAAUACGCAAAACGCAAAAUAAAUUGACGAAAUCUUUGUUUGUUCCUUAUUGUAUGUUAAGAAAAUGGUUGACCCAAUAUUCGAUUAUCAAUUUAGGCUUAUCCUAAUUGGAGAUAGCACAGUGGGCAAAAGUUCCUUGCUAAAAUACUUCACGGAAGGGAAAUUCGCGGAGCUCUCCGAUCCCACAGUGGGAGUUGAUUUUUUCGCAAGGAUCAUUGAAGUACAAGAUGGUACAAGAAUUAAGCUUCAACUGUGGGACACAGCUGGGCAGGAGCGUUUUCGAUCCAUCACAAAAUCCUACUACAGAAACUCAGUUGGGGCUCUUCUAGUGUACGAUGUGUGUAAUCGUUCAAGCUUUGAGCAUAUACCUCUUUGGAUGAUGGAGGCUAAGAGGCAUAUUGAGCCACACAGGCCAGUCUUUGCUCUAGUUGGAUGUAAAGUGGAUCUAGUUGGAACUGAUAAUAAGAACGGAGCCUGGAGGGAAGUCUCAUGUGAGGAAGCGAGAAUGUUUGCUGAGGAAAAUGGUUUACACCAUGUAGAAACCUCGGCGAAAACAGGCUCCAACGUUGAACAGGCAUUUAUCCUUGUCGCUCAAGAAGUGUACAACCGUAUACAGACGGGUGAGUACAAAGUGGAAGACGGAUGGGACGGAAUCAAGACGGGUUUCAACCGUCCCAACGGUAUGGACUUUAACCUGCUCGAGGCAGAAACUGUACAGUCUACCUGUUGUUAGACACAAAUAUUUAUUAUUGUUUUAGUUUUUGGUUUAAACCUGCUAAUUUAAACUAAUUUUUAACUGGAACAGACUUUUUUUUUCAGUAAUCUAGACAUCACAAAAAAGGGGGACACUUAGACUGAAAUUGCACUAUUCCAGGCAAGCGCGAUCUAUUUUAGAUUGCACAUCACUUGCCGCCACAUCUGACUGCAGCCAAGAGCUAGACUGUAAAUUAAAAAAAAACCUAUAGGACAUACUUUGCUCAUGAUUUACGCUGCCGCUGUGGGAAAUUAAAUUCUAUUUAUUUUAGUUAGCAGGUUUAGACUUGAAGCAUAUGAAAUGUAAAUAUUGACGCAUAUAUUAUAAUAUAGAAUUAACGUAUAACAUUACAUAAGUAUAACUUUAUUAAAUGUGUAGGUAUACAAUUUGCACAAGGUUUUUUUUGAUGUUGACGCCAUACUUAUGAUAGAUUUUCACAAUAAAAAUAUAAGAAUUAAUACACUCUGCGCAUCAA